CGCUGAAGGAGCGGAAGGAGCGGAGCGGGACCGGGAAUUGCGAUAUUUCCGCGAUAUCUCCGCGAUAUCUCCCAACCCUUUUUCGCAGCUCUGCGCUAGCCACGCUCGGGAUUAUCACUCUUGGAAUUUGCCUUCUUCUCUUUGGGAUUACAAUUGCACCAUGACCCUGGAGGAGCUGGUGCCUUGCGAUAGCAGCAAGAUGCAGGCGGUGAGCGAGGCGGUGGAGCGGGUGCUGGUGGCGGCGCAGCGGCAGGACCGGCUCACCGUGGGCGUUUACGAGUCGGCCAAGCUGAUGAAUGUGGAUCCGGAYAGCGUGGUGCUGUGCGUGCUGGCCACCGACGAGGAGGACGAGGGUGACAUCGCCCUGCAGAUCCACUUCACCCUCAUCCAGGCGUUCUGCUGCGACAACGACAUCCACAUCCUGCGCGUGUCGGGGAUGCAGCGCCUCGCCGCCAUCCUGGGCGAGCCCGAGCCCGGUUCCGAGCCCCGGGACCUGCAUUGCCUCCUGGUCACGAACCCGCACACGGACGCGUGGAAGAGCCAGGGGCUAGCGGAGGUGGCGAGUUACUGCGCCGAGAGUCGCGACAGGAACCAGUGGGUGCCUUACGUGUGUCUGCAGGAGCGCUGAGCCCUUCCCGGCUCC